GUAUUUUGAAGUACUUUACGGUAUUAUACUUUGCUUCCUUAAUUUAAAACAAAAAAGUUUUUAAUUUAAGCAUAAUAAAAAAAAUUUAAUUUCGAGAAUGCAAAUUAGAGUCACGUCAGAAAUUUUUCUAAUCUUAGUUCUUAUUUUGUUAAAUACAAAUACAAUUUUUGGAAAUGACAAUAAUUACCACUAUCGAUGUGCACAAGACAAUGAUCAAUGCAAUCCUGUCCAUUCGCAACCAUGCUGUAUGUCAAAGAGUACGUGUGAAAAAAAUGAACUCAAUAAUUUAUAUACAUGCAAAAAACAAGUGCAUAUAGGAAUGUUUUGUACACGAGAUGAGAAUUGUGAUGGAAUAUUGCAUUCAAAGUGUUCAAAAGAUAACAUGUGUGUUUGCAGGUCUAACAAUAUGGAAAUUAACUCUACCAUAUGUGCACCGCUAUUGGGUGAAUAUUGUAUGAAAAAUGAAAAGUGUGCACCUGAUCAUUCUAUUUGUAUUGAUAAAGAAUGUCGGUGCGAGGCAUAUUAUUCAUCUGUGUCUAAUGAUCAAUGCAAAUUAAAGAUACUAGGUGAACUUUGCUCUGACGACAGUGAAUGCGAAAUAGUUAAGUAUGCAAAGUGUUCGGCGUAUUUUACAUGUAAAUGUACAGGUAACACUAUUGCAUUGAAUUCAACGUUUUGUGCACCACAUUUAGAAGGGUUUUGUGAGAGCGACGAUGAAUGUAUACGAAUGAAUGCUGUUUGUGUUGAUAAUAAAUGUAAAUGCAAACCUAACUUAGUUCCUGAUUCUAAUACUGGUUGUAGAAAAGUUAAUUCACCGUUGUCCUGCCUACGUGAUACCGAUUGUAUUGAAUUUAUUAGUCAUUCCGUGUGUCAUCGGAAUAAGUGUCGGUGCGAUAUGAAAUAUUUCCCACUGAAUGAGACAGUAUGUGCGCCAAUGUACAAUAAAAGUUGUCAGGAACCUGAACCAUGUGCAACUACGAAUUCUCUUUGCAUUGAUAACAAGUGUCAGUGUAAGCAUAGCUAUGUAUACCACGAAUACGAAUGCUAUCCAACAUAUUUGGGAGAGCCUUGUCGUGACCAUAAAGAUUGUCAUAAAAUAAAAUUUGGAAUUUGUUCAAACGAUAAGAAAUGCGUUUGUGAUGAUAAAUAUAUGCAGUUUAAUGAAACAUCGUGUGUGUCAAUUAUAGGUGGAUUUUGUUCACACGAUAAUGAAUGUAAAAUUUCAAACUCCGAAUGUAUUAAUAAUCGAUGCGAAUGUAAAGCUCAUUAUUUACCUUUAUACAAUACGCAAUGCUUACCAACUCUAUUAAAAAUGAAUUGUGAAAAUGACGACGAUUGUAGAAAUUUAUGCAAUGCAAUGUGUUCAGAAAGUAAAGAAUGUACUUGUCGAUCAAAUCACGUUCUCUUGAAUAAUACUGCGUGUGCUCCAUUACUGGGUGAAUACUGUUGGUAUGAUGAACAAUGUAUAACAAAUAAUUCUGUUUGUAUUAACCAUACAUGUCGAUGCAAUCAUGGUUUCACAGAAGAAUCAAACGAUGAAUGUAUUGAUGGUUCGUUUGAUGUAUAUUGUUACGACGACAAAGAUUGCAAAAUAUUAAUAAAUGCCAGAUGCUCAAGAGAAUUAAAAAAAUGUCGUUGUAAGCAUAAUUAUUUGAAGAUUGAUAAAAUAUCUUGUGCCCCGUUAUGGGGUGAAUCUUGUCGUUACAAUGAACUAUGUGGCUCGAGUAAUUCAAUCUGUAUUAAUGACCAAUGUGCAUGUCAACCUAACUAUGUUCCAGACUCUGAUGGUCAAUGCUUACCACUCUUGUUAGGAUUUACGUGCGAACGAGACUCUGACUGUAAGAAAAUACACCAUGCAAAAUGUUCUAAAAAGAAUAAAUGCGUUUGCGAAUCAAAUUAUUUUGAGUUCAACAGAACAACAUGUGCAUCACUUAUAGGCGAGUCUUGUAUGGAAAAUAGAGAUUGUUAUCCCAUCCACAGUGUUUGUGAUAAUAAAAUUUGCAAAUGCGCCGACGGCUUUGUACGUCAAUCUAAUAACGAAUGUUUGUCAAGCUAUCUAGGAAUAUUCUGUGAGAAUAAUGACGACUGUAGUGGUGUAAUGCAUUCUGUAUGCUCGAAGAAUCACGAAUGUAUUUGUAAUGAAAAUUACAUUGCAUUAAAUGAGACAACGUGUGCACCUUUGUUAAAUGAACCAUGUUCGAACGACGGAGCAUGCGCAACAUUAAAUGCUGUUUGCAUUGACAAUAAAUGUCGAUGUAAACAUAAUUAUUUAUCUCAGUCCGAUAAUAAUUGCAUACCAGAGCGUUUGAAAGGAGAUUGUAAUUGUGAUUUAGAUUGUAACGCCAUAAAAAAUGCAAAAUGUUCAAUAGGUAAAAAAUGUGUUUGCAUGGAAAAUUAUAUCUCAGUUAAUGAAACUACUUGUGAACCGAUAAAAGACGGUGCCUGUCCUGCAAUAGAACGGUGCGAUGUAACAGGGGAUUUAUGCCGUAAAGAUUGCGAAUGUGGCGAUUUAGUGCGUAAAUAUUGUUCAGAAAAUCAAACAUGUAUCUGUAAACCAAAUUACAUUGAAUUGAACGGUUCCUGUCAACCAAUUAUAAAUGGUUAUUGUACUGAAGAUAAAGAUUGCAUUCCAGAUAAUUCUUUUUGUUAUCUGCACACAUGUCGAUGUAAAAAUAACUUUGUAUCAGUAUCUAAUGAUCGAUGUAAGGCGUAAGACCAUUUAAAAUUCGAUUAAAGACGAAAAAACGAUUUUUAUGACUGUGCGGCGCUUGAUACAUCUAAUUUGAUAUUUUUUUCUAAAAGCUGAGAUUUUUUCCCACAAAGUAUGUAAUUUUCACGAUGUGCAUAUUUUUUGUUUGAACAAAAUUAAAUAAAAUAUAAACUCUCUAUGAUUAAAAAACGUUAAUUCUUAUUUGUUUUGAGGAUGUUGAUACAUUUUUAACACAUAUAUAUUCUAAGCUAUCAACAAUAGGUGAGAUAGGGUACACUGCUUGUGUUUCUUUCACCGUUUUUGACUCCCAGUAUCGUACGUCUAAAACAUUUUUUUUCUAUAAAAAGUCAUCAUUCCCUGAUUAAACGAAACGAUUUGUAAUGUUAAAUGCCCAUAAAAAGGGUGGUUCAAAAAUAUUCAAAGUAUUCAAAAGCAUUAAAAAGUAUUUAAAAUUUUUUUUCCAAUCGUUUUAAGUCGUUUCUUUUAAUAAGGGUUGGUUAGGAAAGGAUAUGUUUUCGGGUACGUAUCUGCAGUAAAGCUCUAAAAACAAAAAUUAUAAAACGAUUUUUCAUGAUACCAGCAUCAAUGGUUCAAGUCUAGGAAUUAGUAAUUUGAACUUUGAUUCUUGUGUUUUGUUCAAUAAUGAUUUCAGACUAUUGAUGUCAUCUGCGUUAAUGACAGUUCUGACUUUGUAAUCAAGUUUUAUGAAAACUUGUGUACAUAAUAAAUAGUAUUUGUGGUUUCUGUUUAGUUAUAAAUUGCAAAUCAUAAGUUAGGCGUACACUAAUGGUUGAUCACGCCAUUGGUCUUAAUAUAACUUGAUUCUAACUAGCUGCUGACACUGAUAAUAAUUUUCAAUGCAGGUAAUCAUGAAAAAAAUAGUGUGUAACACUAGAUGAAACACGACUUCAGAUUGCAUUAGAUGUAUCAAGCGCCGCACUGUCAGCUUUUGUCUACGGCUCGGGCAGCCUACUUUACUUUCGUCUGACAUCGUUUUGUUUCAUCUCUUGACACUUAAUGAACUAUUACAGUUUGUUAAAAACUAUAAAAUCAAUGACUUGCAUUUAAAUAAUUAUUGAUUCUGUUCAAACAAAAAAUAUGCACAUCGUGAAAAUUACAUAUUUUGUGGGAAAAAAUCUCAGCUUUUAGAAAAAAAUAUCAAAUUAGAUGUAUCAAGCGCCGCACAGUCAUAAAAAUCGUUUUUUCGUCCUUAAUCGAAUUUUAAAUGGUCUUUUGUAACAUAAAAUAAAAAAUUGAUAUUCUUAUCGGAAA